AUGGUGAAAUCGAUUGGCAUAGCGAAAGUUACGUUUUUAUUGGUAUUGUUUGUAUCAACAGGUAGAGCUCAGUCAAUUUUCGACGUGACAAAAGAUGGCGCCAAGGCCAAUGGACCAGAUAUCAAUGCAGCUUUAACAAGUACAUGGAAAAAAGCAUGUGCAUCCGCUACGCCAAGCAAAGUUUUGAUUCCAAAAGGGAUAUUCUCAUUAAGUCCGGUGACCUUAGAAGGUCCUUGCAAGGCUACUAUUGAGGUUCAAGUUCAAGGCACCCUCAAGGCCCUGUCGGGCGCUGGCGAAACGACAGAGGAUGGCGGUUGGGUUACUUUCCAACGCAUUCAAGGCUUCACAUUGUCGGGUGGUGGAAUUUUUGACGGCCAAGGAGCCUCGUCUUGGGGAGCCUGUGGCAAUGAUUAUUGCAAGCAGCUUCCCAUUAAUAUGAGGUUCGACUUCAUUACAAACGGGUUGGUCCAAGAUGUGACUUCCUUAAACAGCAAGCAAUUUCAUGUUAACGUCCUAGGUUGCAAGAACGUCGCUUUCCGUCGCUUUACCAUCACCGCGCCUGCAGAUAGCAAAAACACCGAUGGCAUCCACAUCGGAAGAUCUAGUGGAAUUGAAAUUACAGAUUCAAAAAUUGCAACGGGUGACGAUUGCAUUUCCAUCGGUGGUGGAGCCCAGAAUGUGUCAAUUACCAAAGUUACAUGCGGACCUGGUCAUGGCAUCAGCGUCGGAAGUCUAGGACAGUAUGAGAGAGAAGAACCUGUAGUCGGAAUCACUGUCAAGGGUUGUACUCUCACUAAUACCGACAAUGGUAUGAGAAUCAAAACUUGGCCAGCUUCCUAUGCAGGCUCUGCAUCCAACAUGCACUUCGAGGACCUUACUAUGGUUAAUGUCAGCAAUCCUAUCAUCAUUGAUCAAGCCUACUGCCCACACAAUGACUGCAAUGCAAAGCAUCCAUCGCGCGUGAAGAUCAACAACGUUAGCUUCAAGAACAUUCGAGGCACUUCUGCAACUCCAGUUGCUGUAAAGCUUGCUUGUAGUAGUGGUGUACCAUGCGACGGUGUGGAGCUUGCAAAUAUCGACCUUAAAUACAUUGGAAAGGAAGGACCUAUCUCAUCCGAAUGUAGUAAUGUUAAACCUAAGGUGAUCGGCGUACAAAGCGCGCUAGCAUGUGGCAGCCCCACUGCGGCCCCUUCUCGCAAAGCUUAA